AUGUGGCCCCUAAUUAUUUUAGCGCUUUUUGGGAAUGUUGCCCUAGCCGACGUCGACGAGUGCAAGGCGUGCACCCAGAUGGCGCAAUUUGUGCAGUACAAUAAAGGCGGCGGCUACGAUGCUGUCCUCAAGUCGGCAACUGACAGCCUAAAGUUGUACUCUCCGGAAGACCGGCAGUUUCUUACCACUGUACUCAGAUACAACUUCCGCAAGCUGUACCUCGAUGUGAAUGAUGCGAGGGCUGGGAUGAGCGCAGCGUCGACUUGUGCCGAUAUGGGUUACUGCGAUUAUGCCAACGAAUAUCCGCCUCCAUUCCCUAUCAACAAGCAAUUUGGGGAUGUCUGGGACGAGCACUCUCAAAUUAAGGACACCCGCGACAAGACCAUCAUUGUGCUGCACGACACCGAAGUCAAUACGAUGAAUGGCACUAUUCAGGUGCUGAAAGAUAGAGGGUUAUCCGUGACCUAUGCUGUCGACAUCAACGGGGACAUCUACCAAUUUGUGCGCGACUUCAGGAGGGCCUGGCAGGCCGGAAGCGGGAUUUGGAAUGGAGAUGGAUGCAACGUCGCGGACACGAACACGCGCUCCGUCGGCAUCGAGACGGUCAACCACGGCAAUGCCCCAUUCCCGCCGGCACAGAUUAACGCUAUACAUACAUUAAUCGAUUACCUACGCGCCAAGUGGCACGUCGACCCGCAAAAUAUUAUUGCUCAUCACGAGAACAGCCCCGACUACAAGUUCGACAUUUCCGGCUACUUUUCAUGGAAGGAUAUGUAUGACGGAUUCGGGGUCUUGAAAGGCGUUUGGCAAACCACGGUAUCAAACCCGAAUGAUGUCGUUUUGAACGCUACGAUCCAGAACCCGACACUCCUCCAGCAGGUCCAGACGAUGCUGUUCAAUCAUGGCUACGGUACCCUGAAAAUCGGCGAGGCGUACAACAACGGAAGCGUCACCACCGCCCAGGCUGUCCAGUCGUUUAACCGGAAAUAUUGCCCUGAGGUGUUCAAACUAGAGGAUAUGCGCCCCGAUGGCACUCAAAUCGUCUUGCCGGAAAAUCAACAGGUGUACGCCCUAACCCUGGCCCGUCUGCAGUGGUUCCGAGAUAAUCAAGCCCAGCAAACCUGCCGAAACUAU